GUUUCCAGUAUUGAAAAACAACACUGUGCCUGUGCUGUUGUGAACAAUUUUUGUUAAUUUUUUAAUUUGAUUUGCGAGCGUCGUGCGAGCGAAGCGACGGACAUCGCACGGAACGGGAAUCACAACUGGGUUCCUGCAGCAUGCGCCAGGACACCUAGGCACCAGUAGAGAAGACCAAGCACACUAGUAGCAAUGACAAUGGGCGAGCCCACGUCGUCUCUCGUUCUGCCCGUCAUACUGCGGCCCAUUUUCUCCCAGCUCGAGCGACGCGACGUUGGCGCUGCCCAAUCUCUGCGCUCCGCCAUUCUCAAGUCGGAGCAGAACAAUCCGGGCUUCUGCUAUGACCUCGUAGCCACAAUUGUGCGGCGGGCCGAUCUGAAUGUAAACCUAAACGAGGCCGUGCUCCGAUUGCAGGGCAAAAUUACGGAAGCGGACCUCAAUGAAUACCGCUUGACGCGCACGGAGGAGCCCUUCCAGGAGCUCAAUCGUAAGUCCGUGGCUCUUAAGGUGAUCCUCAGCCGCAUACCCGAUGAGAUAAACGACAGGAAGACCUUCCUGGAGACCAUCAAGGAAAUCGCCAGCGCCAUAAAGAAACUGCUCGAUGUGGUCAACGAGAUCGGCUCGUUCAUACCUGGCGUAACGGGCAAGCAGGCUGUGGAGCAGCGUAAGAAGGAGUUUGUCAAAUAUUCCAAGAAGUUCAGCACAACGCUGAAGGAGUACUUCAAAGAAGGACAACCGAAUGCAGUAUUCAUAAGUGCACUUUUUCUAAUACGGCAAACGAAUCAAAUAAUGCUGACAGUUAAGAGUAAAUGCGAGUAGAGAAUUAAAUCCUUUAAUUAUGGCAAAUUUUAGUGGCAUUUUAAUUUUAUGUUUAAAUAACCAUUUAACAUCCCAAGACCCAAACAAAUAAAAUAAACUCAACACACUUAAAUACACAAUCGCCCGACACAGUCCAAGUUAAAUGUUUGAACGUAAAUGAAAAUCUGUUGUAACUAAAUAAAUAGGCCUAAUUUAUAUCG